AGUACAUUUACAACAUGUCCGUCGCUCUUCUCGAACGCAGCGUCGUCUCUUCGCCGCCGGAAAUUUCAAUCGAUAUGCGAAACAUGUCCACACUCGCCAAUCCAGCAGCAGCACGAACCUCCACACCUGAUCGCAAGUCCCUUCAACGGAUUGCUGCCGAAGCUUUGCAUACCAAGUCUGUUGCCAUUGAUCGAAUUCAUGGGACAUUAUUUCGAAAUUAUAAAUUGCAGCCUUCUUCGCAUGCUGCAGCAACAACAACAACAGAAGAAACCUUCUACAUCCUAAAAUGUCGCCCUUCCAGCCCCGCGAUCCGACUCUUACGCCAUGAAGAAGAUCGAUUACGAACAGAGGCAUAUACUCUCCAGACCCUCCUCCUCCUUUUACACUCCUCCUCCUCGACGAAAUCAUCAGAAAUGCCCUCGACAAGAAUGAUACCACGCUUAAUCGCAUCCUCUCCCCAUCAUCAUCACCGAACCAACACGACAACAACUCCAAUCGAUCCUUCACCAUAUAUCAUCACCGGCCCAUUCCACGGCCAUCUCCUAUCCGAAAUCUCUCCUCAACUUUCCCAAACCCCCUCCGAGAAAAUCCAGCAGCGUGUAGGAUUUUUUUACCGGAAUCUCACAAUAUCCUUCUCCCCUUUUUCUUCAUCAUCAUCAACCACUCAACAACCUCAAACCAAACCAUUCGGCCCUCUUUAUCCCCCCUCUUCUUCUUCUUCUUCUUCUUCUGAAUUAUCGCGUUUCACUACCUGGUCCCAAUUCUACACCACCCUCCUCGAAACUCUCCUCCUCGACGCCGAAGACGCUCUGAUCAAUCUCCCUUAUGCUUUUAUCCGCGAAACCGUUCGGCGGAAUCGAAAUUCUUUGGACCGGAUUACGAAGCCGAAAUUGGUGUUUUUGGAGGGUUUGAUAGAUGAGAGGAAUAUUCUUGUGCAGCGGCGUCGGUUGGAGAGUAGUAGUGGUGCUGGUGAAAGAAGAAGAAGUGAAGAUGAGUGGGAAAUUUCGGGGAUUUUGGAUUGGAGUGGUGUGAUUUGGGGAGAUGAGUGGAUGAGUGAUGGGUUUUAUGAUCAUUUUUCGAAAAAAGGGAGUAUGGGGGGGUUUUUGGAGGGGUUUUUGGGGGGGAAAGGGCAGCGGCAGAAUCAGCGGAGGAGUGGGGAGGAGGUUGUGAGGCAGUAUUUAUACAUCCUCUACCACUCCCUCCUCGCCAUCAUUCGACAAUGUUAUCGCCCUUCUUCUUCUUCUUCUUCCUCCCCCUCCCCCUCCAACUCCAACUCCAACACCACCAACUCGGAAUCCCAACAAACCGAACUCGCCGCAAGACGAGAUCUAACAAAUGCUCUAACGCAAUUGAGCAAAAUUUGUACUUCGAGGGUAUAG